UUUUAAAUUAAAAAAGAACUAUUACGAUAAUACUCCGUGGAACAGUGUAAGGACAUAAUGGUGGAGCGUGCUCCACAAACAAAACAGGACGAACAGUAUCCGUUGCUGAAGGUGGAUGGUGGGGGUGAUGGCGGGGUCCACCAGCAGGCGUCGCCCACCCUCGUCGCCCCCGGCUGGGGGGUCACCUGCUCCCCUAAACAAUCCUGGCUUGUCCGCUGGCCUGAAUACAUCUCGGCGUGCUGGAUGACUUUAAUUCUGCUGGGGAUAUCCUUCCUCGUAUUUUAUGCUUUAGGUAUGGAGGUGUACCGAAAACAGCCCGUCUUAAUCAUUAAAUGCAAUACAAGUAAACCAGCAAGUGACGUGUACUACCACCACAUUGUUCAACGUGGCAGCUAUGCUCCCUUCAUGCUUUAUGCUGAUUACCUGGCAAAUAUGGCGACACAGUAUCCUGAACUUCAUUUCCAUGUUUUCUUUCUGAUGGACGACUCUCUACAAACUGCGUUCCGAGGACCGAGGCAUGCACGAUUUAUCAAUAAACUGAUACCAUACACUGCUGGCAAUAUGUAUUCGUUCACAAAACUGGAUGAUAGCAGCAAGCGUGAAAUAGCAGACUUUGAAAGAAGAUACCAAAACGUUAACGUCACGAUUAUGUCUCUUAGCAAGUACAUGGCAAUGACACCUUUGAAGUACAAGUGGAGGACUAUACCACUUUCCUAUCUACCCUUCUAUGCUAGGGUUUUCUCAGUCUGGCAAAAUGGGGGAGUGUCUAUGGACUUAAAUAAUUUCAAUAACAAUUACAAUAAUCGCCAGCAUGACGAUCGUAGAAUUACCGCGAUAUUGAAACAGCACAAUGAUGGUAUUAAAGUUGAAGAAUACACAAAUGCCUUAAAUAAAAUAGAUCGCGAAGAAGAAAGUGAAUUUUUCACUAUAUUCUACGGGCUAAUCCAUCAAAUUUUAAACGAAACGAGAACAUUCUUAACAAAAAGCUUCCCCUUCCCUCAAGUGUCUACCGAAAAGGGCCUGUUACAAAACGAACCCUUGAUUCGCACUAACAGGAACAAGCGUGAUGUUUCUAUGCCGAUGAAUGAAAAUAAUAACUCUGACACCGUUUCUCAUGUCUAUGUUGAAAUUAUGAAUUCAACGAACGACACCGAUUUAAAGAAAAACGAGUAUCAAACUUUAUCCAGCUCAGAUGUUAAUCUAGAGAAAUUAAAGGAUAACAUAAACGACGCUAUCAAAGUAUUGCAAAUAAAUAACAACUUGAGUAAUGUUAACAUCACAAACAAAACUGAAGAUCUGAAUAAAACUGAACUACAAACAGAAGUUUUCAAUAAGUCCGACACUCCUCAAGUGGUUUUGUUUUACGACUUUUCCUUAUUUUCUGAUGGCAUGGCACCUUCAUUUGUGUUGCCUGAACCAUUAAUUCGCACCGAUUUUAGACAAAACAAUCGAAUCUCGGAAUUUGGAAAACCAGGAAAAUAUGGGAAUAACGUGGCACAUCUUCUUUCUAUUGAUUCUGAAGGCUCGUUCAUAGCGGCUUCCUCUAGACUGCAUCCAUUUUUAGGACAUCUGAUAACUGCCGGUUGUCAACGUAUGCAACCUAAAUUCGCUAUUCAAGAUACAAUUUUAACGCAAUGUUCAGGAAUAUUUAAGGAAGAUACAUACUGCAACAAUAUUUAUUUACUUUAGUUUUAAUUUCUUGUUUACGUUAAUGUUUGUUAAUAUUCUUCUAUUUCUUGUUUUUUUCAUUGGUUUCACUCAGUUAGCAUGGAAAAUGUACUGAAUUUAGACAAUUUUAGUAUUAAAAUGUUCCUAUUUCUAUGA